AACAUGUUGGAAUAUGGCGUCACUUCCGUUGCGUUGCUGCUGACAACGUAUUGUCAUGCCUCAUUUUGAGUUUACACUCAAAGCUGUCAAGAGGCGUUAAAGUGAUUGAUUUAAAAUGUUGUCAAACUACGAUAUAAUCAAAGGUAAAAUGGAGGCCAUGACACGAAAUGUCCGGCUGUACCAUUACCUGGUGAACAUCUUCAUUAAGGAAAGAUUGAGACUUACUUGCAAUGAAGAGGCCUUCAAGCAAGAAAUGAAUGAUUUCAUGGAAGAUGUGUACAAGGGCCACAAGUGGGAUUUCUCUGAGUGGCAGGCUCGACUUGCUACGAAGACAUCCCACCCAGACGACAACAGUGAGUGGCUGAGAAGGGAGGAGACCAAGAAUUUCCAUGAGCAGUUUGCCCUCAACAGGAAACUUGUUUAUCAGGUGAACAUCUGUGAGAGACAGCUGAGGGAAAGACUAUCUCAUGGACUCAAGAUCGGUGACUGUUCAGUUAGCGAGAUCUACUAUAGCUUUCCCCAGCUUCUUGCACAGCAGAUAGAGAAGUUCCAACCUCUCACUGCUCUCUGUGAUCACAUCUCUCGACACUAUGAUCUCAAUUUUGAUCUGGAGUGCCGCCGUGUGCACUGGCUGUUGAGCUUGGAGGCAAAGGGUGUUGACCUGUCCACCCUUCCACAGACAAAGGAGGCCCCUCUCUCAUACAUGCCAGAGAAACCUAUCGGCUCCUCCUCGAACUCCCUUCUCCUGGGGGUACCAAAACCCCAGACCUCGCUGCCACAGGAUAUCAGUGCAUCCCUGGCAGAUCUAGAUGGCUUCAUGUCAAAUUAUGACAUGGCUGCCCACAUUUCUGCAGGCCCCGCCCAGUUGACCCCUUCUGCCAUUAGGGAUCUUCUUCAGAGCACUUCCGCUCAGCUCCCUGGUCUUCUCACAGGCCCCUGCCAAGAAGGACCCUACAUGGCACCUACAGGGACCCGUCCCCUGACCCCUCUUGAUGAGGACUUUGGAGGCUCUGCUUUCAGCAUAAAGGCCACUAAAAUGGUCAAGCCAUGUGCCCCCUUCAGAAAGGUGGACAACAAGCCCAUAUACCAGGCGCCAGUGUUGGUUGGAAGUGAGUGCCCUCACGUGUUUGAGAACCGCAAGCGACGUGUGGCGCAUGUCAGCGCUGCCAUCAUGGAGCAAGCCACUCCAGGAGAGGCACAGGAAAUGGCUGCACUCAGGUUGAAGGUUAUGGAGAGCAUGCAGGAAAAGAGAGCCAAGAUGGCUGACUGGAUUCAGGAACAGAGUGACCGAGUUCAUAAGCAACCAGUCAGCAAACUCCAAAAGGAGACAAGCCGUAAACGCAAAGCCAUCAACACGAUCCACUACUUUAAGAAUGCUGAAAAGUGUGCCAAGCUUGUGCCCCUGGUGGGCAAUGUAGUCCAAGACAGUGAGGAGAAACCCAGAGCUGGUGGUGUUAGGGCAGAGACUGCGAAGCUGCCCAGGAUUGUCCUGAAAAUCCAUAGGGACAGAAACAACUACUGGGUUUCUAAACAAGAAGAGAGGAACUGUUGAGCUGUGCCACAGGACUUUCUAUUUUGUUGAUCAUUCAAUCAAAUGAUAUUACUAAUUAUGAUUUUCUUUAUAAAUUUCUUUUGUAUUUUUAAUACUGACAUUUAAACGGGUAGUUUUAAUUAUACAAGAUUAGUAUUAUAGGAUUAUUUUAAGUUGCAUGUGAUAGUAUACAAUAAAGUGAUGUUAUAAUGAUAUGAUUUAAUAUGUUUUAGAUAGAUUUUUGUAAAAAAUAUAUUUUGAUAUUUUUGUUAUUAUUUGAUUGUAAAUAUCAUUUUUGAAUUUCGAUCUGGUUAUCAUUAAAAAUAGACAAUAAAUUGUUUUGUUUAAACUUA